UUGUUGGAUUUGAUCAGCGCUCUAAUCAUGACGUCAAGCGUGCACUGUUUGAAGAAGCUAACAGUUCUUGUGUCGGUGAUAUCUCUAAUUAGCUACAGUACUCAAGCUCAACAAAUAGAGUGUCAAAAUGUUGGAGUGGGAGAUCCUAACAAGUUUGACAUAGAUAACUUUGAAUUUUCAUCUCAAGAUCCCAAUAAUGGAAUUGAACAAAUUCGUUACAAUUGUUGUCAAGAAUCGUAUGGUCAUGCCUGGUGUCCACAAGUAAAUGACCAAAGUCCAAGGCUAGAGAUAAAACUACCACAGCCAAUUUCAAUUGGGGGUCUAAUUAUACAGAGACCUUCCACAACACCAACCAAUCCACUCGCUGACAAAUUUAUGAAAUAUUUUAAUUUGUAUUUUGUUACGUCAUCUGAUGCGAUUGUACAAUCCAACAAAAUUGCGGAGGGAAUCGCCAAUACAAGUGUACAUGAAACAACACUUACGUUCUAUCCUCUUAUAGUAAAACACAUCACCAUAGAGCCGAAAGAAUGGGAAAAACAAGCUUGCUUCCGACUCGAACUUCUAGAAUGCUAUGUCAUUACAGCACAAGCAACACCAGCAACACCUCCACCACUAACAACUACGACGACGGUAACAACUACCACAACAUUGAUUACAACAACUGAGAAGGUAACUUUACCCCCAGUCCCUAAUGCUAAUUGGAGUUUAAUAGACUUCACUCAAGACUUCGUUAUUUCUAACGGGUUCAACUUGUCUCUCGUUGGUCAACCAAAUACUAACAGCAGUGGCAUACAUUUAGAAACUAGCAGUCAGUUUAUACAGAUUACAGAUUCAAGCAUUAAAUGCCUGACUAACCCAACUAAUUGCCAAGCAGGGUUCACCAUAAGUUUGGUUAUAAAAAUAACUACUCUAGUGGAAGGGAGUAUCCUAUUUACAAGUGGUGGGGACAAGCCUGAUCAGCCCGGUAUCACAUUUAUUUACAGAUUUGGGCAGAUUCACGUGGUAGUGAGUACAUCAACACUCUCCUGGUACAUCUCUCUGUCACAUACACAGAUACUUUCGUGGUACAACAAAUUUACAACAAUCUAUGUCUCAUGGAGUGUUCAACAAAAUUUACAGCUGAUAGUAGAUGAGGUUCUUGUAGCGGAGGCAUUGUUUCCAUUAAGUCAUAGUGUGACGUCGGCAAUUACAAACAGUUUGAUUAUUGGUGGCAACACUGUACAAUGUAUUGUCAGCAGCAUUAAGAUCUGGCUGGUCCACAUCUUCAUUCUUAUAAACCAAAGCAUUGUAUCUUGCCAAUGCAACUUCGGAUCUACAACCACCAGAACCAGUACCACACGUCCACCUACAACCACACCUCUUAUAACAUCAACGUCAAGGCUACCAACCACUGUUCUCUUUCCAACCUCCACACCUGGAACAGAUUGUAACUUUGGUUGUAUACCACAAGACUCCUGUUCUACAUGGCCUGAAUACACCGAACCAAUAAUUACAGAAGAAAUCGAUACAACACCCACACAAGGGCCACCAAUUAGUACAAUAUCGUCUUCCACAAGUAGGACUUCAACUGCAACUACUCAAGCCCCAACAACUGCAGCACCUCAACCUACUACUCAAGCACCAACAACUGCAGCUCCUCAACAUACAACUCAAAAACCAACAACUGCAGCACCUCAACCUACAACUCAAGGACCAACAACUGCAGCUCCUCAACCUACAACUACAACAACUGCAGCACCUCAACCUACAACUCAAGCCCCAACAACUGCAGCACCUCAACCUACAACUCAAGCCCCAACAACUGCAGCGCCUCAAUCUACAACUCAAGAACCAACAACUGCAGCGCCUAAACCAACAACUACAGCACCAACAACUGCAGCACCUCAACCUACUACUACAGCACCAACAACUGCAGCACCUCAACCAACAACUACAGCACCAACAACUGCAGCACCUCAACCUACUACUACAGCACCAACAACUGCAGCACCUCAACCAAUUACUACAGCACCAACAACUGCAGCACCUCAACCUACUACUACAGCACCAACAACUGCAGCGCCUCAACCUACAACUGCAUCACCAACAACUGCAGCACCUCAAUCUACUACUGCAUCACCGACAACUGCAGCACCUCAACCUACUACUACAGCACCAACAACUGCAGUGCCUGAACCUACUACUACAGCACCAACAACUGCAGCACCUCAACCAACAACAACAGCACCAACAACUGCAGCGCCUCAACCUACAACUGCAUCACCAACAACUGCAGCACCUCAAUCUACUACUGCAUCACCGACAACUGCAGCACCUCAACCUACAACUACAGCACCAACAACUGCAGCACCUCAACCAACAACUACAGCACCAACAACUGCAGCACCUCAACCAACAACUGCAGCACCAACAACUGCAGCACCAACAACUGCAGCACCUCAACCAACAACUACAGCACCAACAACUGCAGCACCUCAACCUACUACUACAGCACCAACAACUGCAGCACCUCAACCUACUACUACAGCACCAACAACUGCAGCAACUCAACCUACUACUACAGCACCAACAACUGCAGCACCUCAAUCAACAACUACAGCACCAACAACUGCAGCACCUCAACCAACAACGACAGCACCAACAACUGCAGCACCUCAACCAACAACUACAGCACCAACAACUGCAGCGCCUCAACCAACAACUACAGCACCAACAACUGCAGCACCUCAACCAACAACUACAGCACCAACAACUGCAGCGCCUCAACCUACUACUGCGUCACCAACAACUGCAGCACCUCAACCUACUACUACAGUACCAACAACUACUGCAGCUCCACGGCCUACAACUACAACUACUCCACCUUGUCCCGAGUUUACAUACUCAGUCUCCCUAGCUACUACGGUCAACAGCAAUGGUCAAGGAUUGCUGUCCUGCUCAAUCUCCACUGUGCCCCCUGUUGGAGUCACGGUUCAAUUCACUUGGUACAUUAAUGGGGUAGCUGUAAAUGUGAUAAAAGUUAUCGAAGCGCCUGACAGAAGUGCUACUAUCUUAGCCAGUGAAACGGGGGUUGAUUUGUUGAACAAAGUGAUAACUUGCUCAGCAGAGGUCAAAUUUUUAACUUCUGGUGCCUUGUGGUGUCACAAACAAACCAGUAACACGUUACGACCAACAGUCACGUGUCCACCAAGUACCCCGAUCUCAGUGACAGAAGGUGGAGGUCACUACCUUCUACAUCUGAAUGUUUCUGUUCCGCCUGCCUUAUUUUGCAAACCUGAAGACAGCAGUCAGUGUCGUGUGGAAGUGGUGACCAAUGUCCUGGGAACCAAUCAAGAGCUCAAAUGCUCCCAAACUCAGAUCAUCCCCCAAGUUGUGAUUGGAGUUGACACUGUUGGGGAUGGAAGCAACAAACAAUGCGGUGUGCUCAUUACAAACAACAAUUGGUUCCUGGGGGUCACUAUACCAAUCAAAGCUACUGUAGAUGGCAUCAGUGAUGGUAAUCGAAUUAGAAAACUAAGGAUUUUUGUUCGAAUCGUUGGAUCGGUGUCAAACAGCGUUAAUGAUGUCUAUUGUAAUGACAUUGAUAUCACAGCCAUUAAUGGACCUAAUCCAAGUUCAUGCUCAUCAGUAAAUGAUCCACAUAUGACCACCUUUGACAAACGACGUUAUAACAACAUGCUUCAAGGGGAGUUUGUUCUUUACAGACACACAACUUUACCAUAUGAGGUUAGUGUUCUUUACAGGCCAUGUGUUAAUGGCAAUAAUCGUGUUACUUGCAACUGUGGAGCAGCCGUACGUUCUGGAGAUGAUGUCAUUACUUUCAAGACUUGCGAUGCCCGUCAAAAUUUGCCCCAGUAUGGUGGAGGUAAUAGCAUUAUAAUUGUGGAAGUAUUCAAAAAUGGAGAGUUUACUAAAGGAACAAAGAUUAGACGAUAUGGAACCGGGCAAAAAUAUGAAGUGACUCUACCUAUUGGAACUAAAAUAACUGUCUUGGCUAGCAGAAAACCUUUCAUGGAUAUUAAUGUGGUUGCUUCUGCAUUAGAUCAUAGCAAAACUGAAGGCUUAUGUGGUGACUUUAAUGGCAAUGCCUUGAAUGAUUUUAAUGGCAUGAAUGAAGCAAGCUUCAACAGUUUCUGGAGACGAUCAGGAUCAUUGUUCAAUGGUGUGGCAGCAAGCACAUAUACCAGCCAUGAGAAAUUCUGCAGCUGUAUUAACUCUCAAACAGCUUUAUGUGACGAAGGCCUGGAUGUGUUUACUUGUACCACUACACAGACCAAUCCUGCUGACGUAACUAACUCUCUAGUUCAACAGGCCAAACUUCCAGUUUUAGGUCAAACUCAAAUUAGAAGCCGUAGAUAUGUUAGACAGACUGUGGAUAUCAGUGGAUCUGAAAGUUUUACAGUUGAACAAGCUACAGAUUACUGCACCAACUAUUUAGAAAACAGCAGCACUGUUCUUAACUGUGUUUUACAAUUAGACAAAAGAACUGUUAAUGCCAGUAUAGCCAGUUGUGUUGAAGAUCUUGUGGACACUGGUGAACGUGAGUGGGCCUUGCCUCAUGUUAGAGAUUUGACUGAGCAAUGUCUGACUAUUGCUAGACAAGAUCCAGAUGUCUGGAAUGCUACUGGUACUAAUGAUGGAGAGCCUGAUUUACCAGAGACAAUUACAACGUCACUCUGUCCAGAGCCUUGUGGAAAUAAUGGAGAUUGCAUUAAUGGCGUCUGUAUCUGUAAAGCUGGCUACAGUGGUGAAAAAUGUGAUGUUACUAAGGACACAGUACCUAUAGUUCUACCUGCCACUGAAGCAUGUGAUUUAAUGGGUUCCUCAUGCACCAAUGUCUUCAUCGAUGGAUUACAUUUCUAUCAAUCAAGCAACUUGACUUGCCACAUUAGAUAUGUCACAGUUAGUGAUAGAGUGACACUGACAGGAGAAGUGGCAACUGUGCCUGCUACAUAUAUCAGUGUUAGCCAGAUUACCUGUCCAGUUCUAUCCAGAAGAAAUGCUUUCAUAAGUGUCAGCAAUGACAAAGUCAGACAAAGUAAUCAUAGUUAUCUCCACGUUUAUACUAAAUCAAGUUGUCAGGAGUGUGAUAUCUCCACAGCAGGAGACAGUGCCACCUGUAAAUGGAAGCCUUACACAUGUAUCAUAGAUGAUCAGUGCUAUGUAAGAGAUGAGCUCUAUGUUGGUGAUAAUUGCUUUGUAUGUAACCCUGAUAAAAGAACUGAUGGUUGGUCGGCUCUAUCAGCACCUCAGUGUCAAGCUACAGUGCAACCAUUAGAAGGCUCCAAGAGCACCACAGAUGACACAGCAGUUAUUGUAUUGGGUGUUAUUACAGGAGUUCUCUGCCUUUCAGUGCUUAUUGUUGCGGCUUAUUUAAUUAAAAAGCGAAUUGACAGAAAAAAGAAGCACAGGUAUCUCUCGCGAGAUAACUCUGACACUUCCAGUGUUGACUUCUCUGGAGCUAGAGUGGCACAGACAUCAUCUGGUCAUGUGAUUUCAGAGGAUCCAAAGGGAGAUCGUCUGGCAGCUGCAUACAACCCAACUUUUAAUUGAUCAUUGGAAUAAACAAGACAAACAAUAUCAGCAUCCCUUUACUCCAAGAUCCCUUCAAGAAACAAUGAAAUAAAGUGCUUAAGAAAGGAAAUAAAACAUUUUGUUUUCAACUUGAACUAAACAGAACUGGUAAUAAUGGAAACCAUCCCACAACUGACGCUGGGAGAGUAUAUUAUUAGUUGGUUUUUAAUUAGUAUUCGUAGAAGUUUAAGUCUAUACUGUCUCUAAGAUGAUUGCAUAUGAAAUUACAUAUUAGAAAAUUUAUUUAAAUUUUAAAUUAGUUAAAAUACUUUAUUUCAUAUUUUGUUUUGUUUGGUUAUUUAUUUUUUUAUGUAAGUUAAUUGUAUAAAUUGAUAAUAUACUUAUGAAUAUAUUGAACAUCUAUAGGCUUAUUAUUUUAUAUUUAUAAUGUGAAGGUGAAAUACUAAAUAUUAAACGGCAAGACAUUUUAAACACACAUCUUUUUGUCUUGCAAGGAAUGGAAUAAAAAAAAUAAUAUAUAUGUUAUUUCAAAUCUACAUUUUGGUCUUUACCUUGUAUGACAUAAAUAAAUCAAAGUUUUCAAUGUCUUUUAGCAUUCACUGUCUUUCAUUUUAUACUAUUUGUUUUUCUCUAUUUUCUGGACUAACCUGCUAUUGUUAGUGAGAUAAAAUAAGGGAAACCUGUUAGACCUGUAUCUGAAGAGCAAACAAAAUUUUACAGAUUGUCAUGUAAGAAUAGUUUGAUUUUAAAGCUAAAAACUGAUUGCUUGUUUAGGCCACUUUGGAAAAAUUUUGUGAAAUUAUUUGUUCUUUUGGUAAACUUUUCUUUUAUAUUGCAAUAAAUGCUUAUAUAAUUUUUGAAUUUAUAAAACACCUUAGAUGUAAUUAUUAACUUUAUUUUAUACAUAUAGAUUUUUUUUUGUUCAAAUAGUAUGCAUCAAAUUAAUCUCUAUGUCAUUUAAAAAUAAUUAUUAUAUUUAAUAUUUACAGUGUAUGAUGCUCCACUAACUCUUGCAUGUAUUAUGAUUAAAGGCAAAGUUUUAAAGAGUACAGUGUAGAAAUUACAACAUGUUUACAACUUACCGUCUCACUGAAUAUAGCACUAUUCAGAAAGCACACUACUCCUCCAAUUUCAGUUCAACUUUUGUUAUAGAGCACUAAAGAGACUUUCUACUUAACAUUUACAGAACGAUAUUGGAAUUAUAAAUUGACAAUUUUAAUGGGUUGCAAAGAACACAUUGUAGACAUAUAGAGUUAUUUUAUUUAUUAUUUUUUUUUUUUAAAUUGCAUUGCCUUGGACUCUGAAGAUUAAGGAUCACAGCAUUGCUCUGAAUAAGCCCCCCCCCCCCCCCCCCGGCCCCAAUUUUGUUACAUCUUUCACUGACAAACCAUUAAAAUGUUCAAAUCUAUGUCUUCGUUUUUUGAUAAUGUCAGCACAAGGAAAAACAAUAUAUUUUGGUUUUGGAAUUAGAUGGAGGAUUUUUCUAAAGCUUUUCAAAAUGUCACCAAUCAUUUAAUGUCAAGAUGUAGGCUAAGUAACAUUUAUUGUGUCACAAUUUAUUGGAUUUCACUGAUAGAUUUAAAAAAAAAUCAUCCUGAAAUCUAUUUCACUUAAUUUGUUGCUUUUGAGAUUUUAUAAAAACAUGAAAGCCAAAAUAUCUAUUGAUUAUCUAUUUACACAACUUUUAGGUAAAUAUAAAAGAAAAAUAAAACGAGAAUAUUACUGAGAAAGUAAA